AUGUCCCACGCUUCUAGAAAUCGAUUGUCGCAAUAUUCGACGGGCUCAGUCCCGUCGCGCUCGCGACCUGCUUCCUUUCUUUACCCCGGUUUUCACUCUAGCUUACCGUAUACCACCGUCCGAGAUUUCGCUUAUCCACCUACGCAUCCCUUACACUAUGGCCCUCCACCGGAGCCUUCGAGACCGCCUUCCGGUAUGACCACACCUGCCAGCGAGACAAGACGACUUUCGGACCCACCCGCCUCGUGGGAAACUAAGAUUGGUUGGGAUUGGACUUCGGACGGUGGUCUAGGUAAGGGUGGUGAAUUAGCUCCUAUUCACUUUGGUGAUGGUCCUCCGUGGAGUGAGGACGAAGAUUUACAGAGCCCUGUCGUUAGUUCCAGACAUCGAAAACACAAAUCGACUUCGGCAGUCACGGGACACCAUAAAACGAGAGGUGGUGCAUCUUCAAUUAUAAGCACGAGUAACCUGGAUGUCGAAAGAGGGUAUUAUGCAGGUACCGCCGGCGACGGCAGUGAAAGAUAUUACGUGAGCCAAGGUGGAGAGGCCAAUGGCCCAGGAGGAGAAUAUGUCACCUAUCCUCCCGAACAAGCUAGGCAUUCUAUAAGCGCAUACCACUCUGCGUCUGACCAAAGGCCUCGUAAAUAUCCAGAGAACGAUACCGGAUACCGAUCCGAAUCGGACGCUUCAAGCACCACGUCAUCCCCAGGAUACCACCCAUACGAUGAAUCGAGGUAUUCAAGAGAUUACCAAUUCACGAUCACCUCACCCGAUGAAGAAAUGCAUGGCAAAGCAGUUGCUUUGUUCGAUUUCGAAAGAGAAAACGAGAACGAGUUACCCCUAGUCGAAGGUCAGAUCAUUUGGGUAUCAUAUAGACACGGUCAAGGUUGGCUCGUCGCAGAAGAUCCCAAAACCCAAGAAAGCGGCUUGGUUCCGGAAGAAUACGUUCGUCUACUUCGUGAUAUUGAGGGUGGUAUGACAAGCUUGACUGGUCAACUUGAUAAUGGUGGGCCAGCAACUCCUAACGAUGUAGGCACUCCGACACAAGCUGAACAUAGCGGACAGCCGUUACUCCCCCAGACCACACAUAAUCCUCAACCCUCGCAUAGCUCAACGGGAAGUAACCCUACGAAUGGUUACCAUCAACCUGUUGUUUCGACCUUUUCGACCUCCAGCAAGGAUCUGGAUCCGUACCCACCACAUUUACUUGGUCAGCAUGGCCAACCACCUCCCCAAGUCGUGCACUAUCAUGGCCAACGUGGAGGAAGCCAAGCCAACACACCUACAGUCCAGAAUUCCUUCGGCGAUACUCCAAUAGGUCGCAGUAGCCAAGAUGGCAAACGUAGCAGUUCAACGUCUAGGAAAUCCCAGCCGCUUGAUGUUCUUCCUCAUUCAAAGAUGAAGUCACCCGUUCACGAAUCGGACUCUGAAGAGGAAAUUCAACAAGACCUACCAAAGCAAUGA